AUGGCCAGUCAUUCUCCUUCACUGCCACGGCAGUCACAUUCGCCCGGACAUGGACCAUCCGCUCCUAGCCCGGGUCACAGAGGGGCAGCAGCGGCAAGACGAAGAGCGUCGAAAGCGUGCCACUCAUGCCGUACACGCAAAGUCCGCUGCGACGUCGUUGACCAUGGAGUGCCGUGCACAAAUUGUCGCCUCGACCGUGUGGAUUGCGUCGUCACCGGCUCCCGAAGGGGCAAAGCGACAAGGGCGACGAGGGAAGAACCCAGUCGCUACCGUUCGCCGCAGUCGUUUUCUGACCACGCCGACGACCUUCCGGUUGGUCUGACCUUUGAGAAGAGGUUCAACAGAUGCAGCCAAGCAGAACCGUCGAACCUGUUGAGUAACUCCGGGACCGACCGUGUCAUUUCUGGCGUGGAAGACCCCGAUGCCAUUGUGCCGCGUAAGUCCCUAGAGGAGCGUCCCAGCUUCGUCCCCUGCGGCCGCGAGUGCCUCGUAGCUGAUGGCGUUGCAGAUCAGCCCCAAGAUGCUGAACACCACCGUCCAAACGACUUUGGCCAGAUGAGCGAGGCCUCCCAACCAGCACUGUCAGCGCCACUCCUCAAUCCCUUGCAAAACGAUGACUGCUUUGUCCCGCCCGGACUCGAGCAAGCCUACGGUCUUCCUCGCUUCGUCCGUCCUCUGCCAUCAUGCAUCGACGCCCAUGGAGCUCAAUUCCUCGCGCACAAGGGGGCUCUGACGGUCCCCGACGCCAGUCUGCGGAACGAACUCCUGCGCAGUUACGUCCAAUACGUGCAUCCAUUUAUGCCCAUACUGGACCUGAGGCAGUUUCUUACACCCAUCGCGCGAAACGACGGCUUCGCCCAGAUCAGUUUAUUGACCCUUCAGGCGGUCAUGUUCGCUGGCAGCACGUUUGUCGAUCUCCGAUUCCUUCAGAACCACGGAUACAAUGAUCGACGGGAGGCACGCAAGGCCUUCUACACCUCGGCGCGCAUGCUCUACGACUUUGACUACGAGUCGGACGAUGCUGCGGUUCUGCAAGCCGUGCUCCUUCUGACCUACUGGUAUGAGUCGCCCGAGGAUCGAAAGCACACGUGGUAUUGGAUGGGCAUCAGCGUAUCCGUUGCCUAUACCAUGGGCCUCAACCGCCGCCACGCGCACGCGAAUCGGGAUCGCGAGACACAAAGACUCUUCAAGCGGCUGUGGUGGGCUUGCCACAUUCGGGACCGACUGAUCGCAUUGGGCAUGCGCCGCCCCGCGUGGAUCAAACUCGAAGACCAUGAUACACCGAUGUUGGAAAGAGAUGACUUCGACACGGAGCCAUUGCCGAACGAGCUGUUUACCUUGCUCGGUGGCGCGCCGAGCGUGCUGGAUUGUGUCUCCCGGCCUGAUCUCGUCUACUCGUGCAUCGAUCUGGCAAAGUUGACCGUCUGUAUCGGCCACAUUCUGGUCACGCAGUACUCUCUCGUGACCGAAAGUGCAGGCGGAACUGCGGGCGGAAGCAUGAUGUUGAGCCCACAGCGGUCGACCCUACAAAUGUCCGAGGCCACCCGGUGUGAGGAGCGGCUGAGGCAGUGGGAGCAAGAGUUGCACCCUGAAGCUCGGUACAACGUCGUCGGGGCUUACCAGUACGGCGGAUUGCCGGUUGACCCGGUCAUCAACGUCCACCGGGCGCUCCUGCGAAUGGUGUAUCUGACGACGCUGUCCGCACUGUACAGACCCCAAGUCUUCCGUCCCAAGAAGCUGCAAAGGGCGAGGCCUUCCAAAUCCGGAAUCUCGGCCCGGCAGAUCCUGAGGCAGGCGGCAAACGAGAUCACGGAUAUCAUCGCGGAUUUGCAAGCCCAGGAUCAGAUCCGCUUCCUGUCUACCAGUGGUGUCAUGGUCCUGUCUCCCACCGUGAUCACACUGUUGCUGGACAUCAACUCUCCGGACCACGACAAGCGAAACGCCAGCAUCGCCCGCUUUUACCGGUGCAUGCAGGUUCUGCACAGAUUGCGCGAAAUCUACGCCUCAGCAGACUCGGCAAUCUCGUUUCUCGAGGCCGCCAUCCAAAAGGCUCACGUGCAGAUCCCAUCCGGGAAAGCAGAUCGCCCGUUUUCCUCGCGCGAGCAUUCUGCCGCCGGCGUCGUUCACGCAUCAUCGGAGAAUCGGACAUUCUUGGCCACUGACGGCUCUUUGAAUGACAUGGCGGCGGCCCAGAAUCAGCCGACUACGCUGUUGGACACGGUCGACAAGGACUAUCCCCAAGUCUAUCGGCAGACCGACCAGAUGGAAGGACCUUUGAACGACGCAAUGACCAUGAGUCUGCAUGACCCCAUGGGUGGCGGGGCGUCGAUUAGUGAUGACAUGCAAGAAAGUAACCAGUUCUCUUCACUCGGAGAAGGCGAAAACAACUCGGACAAGGAUGAGAAUUGGUAUUUAGUGGAUGCCUUGUUCAAUUUCGAGGGAAAUACUAGCCUGCACGGGUUUGACGGCGGCUUCGGCACCGGUCUUGAAAUCUCAUAG